AAUGGAGUAAAAUAAUAAAAAAACAAAAAGAUCUUCCUGACCCUUCUUGCGAUUGUUACGUUAAAUGUUGGUGUAAACAUGAUAUAAAAUUUUAUGAUAAAGCAGUACUGCAUAUGUUUGGCUCAGAAAUCAAUUCUUUAGAUUUGCUCCUUGAUUCUGAUGACAAUAUGGACGAAGUGAAUUCCGUUUUAAGACAAAUCGUAAACCAAACGAAGGGAUACAUUUAUUAUCCUGAGGGAUUAGCCGAAAUGACAUUUACUGGAAACGAUUUUAUUUUGAUGAGCUUUAUGAGUGGCAUAUUCCGUAAACUAUCGUUCCAUCAAACUGACGCACCAAAUAUAUCGACUAUUAGAAACAAUGAAGUUAUAAACUACUACCAUGAAGGACUGAGCAUGUAUGUGAUGGACAUACCCUAUAACAAUGCCAACAUUUCGUUAUUUACGUUCCUACCUGCAGCGUUAAGCUCAGGUAAAUGGAAGAUCAUUGAGAACAUCAACAGGAAUGAUCUUCUCUAUUUGACCCAACGAAUGUCGACCGACGAAGGAAUGAACAACUUGCGCGAGCUGUUAAGAAACAGUAGAACAUUGAAGUUUGUCAUAAAAGAAUUUACAUGUUCCCAAAAUGUUUGUUUAUCUUUCGAGGUGGAGAAAAAUGUGCCAGUCCGUGAUCUAUUAAAAUCAUUAGGCGUCGAAGAAUUGAUAACGUCCGAAAUGCUCGAAUUGCAAACUAAAUGCCGAAAAUGCCUACCGUUGAAAAUUAAUUGUCCCAAGGUGCACAUCAACAAUGUUGCGCACCGUUCUCACAUAAGAGCCACAAGAGAUGAUGUGAUUCUAGGCGCAGUGACUUUGAUCCAUUCCGGUGGAGACGCCUCUCCGGAUGGCAAAAUAGAAGACGUUAAAUGGUGUAAUAUACCUUUCGUCUGGCUGAUCUAUGACAGACUGCAAGAAGAAAUCCUCUGUGUCGGCAGCUUUAAUAAUAGUACCUGCCCAAAUUCUCAAAUUGUACCGAUAGAUAUAUAUCAGUCAGGUCCAUCAGGCGUUCCGCCAACGAAAAAGCAACGGCUCGCCUAGAUUUAAAAACCUUUUGGAAAUUCUAGAUUGAGAAACAAAUUCUUUCAAAAAAGUAGGUGUUUAAAAAAUGGUUUUUUUAUUAAUUUUUUAAAUAUUGAAUAUCCGACCAUCGCAGUUUAAUGCGAAAUAGUUUAUGGGGUAAAAUGUAAAAACAAGUUUGACAUUCUUAACGAAGAUUAUAAGUUUGGAAUUUCGUAAAUCUAUUAUGCACUAUGAAAAACGAAUUAUAUAACAGAUCUGUAGUUGCUGCAUAAUGAUAUGUAAUUAUGUGAUAAGUUUUUAUUUCUUCUUAUGAUUCAACAUUUUGAUGAUUCAAAUUGACAUGCAUUAUAUUUUGUGCGCAACAUAUUUUAUGAACAAUUUCUGCUAAC